AGACGCGGGGGCCAUUUUGUGAAGAGGCGAAGGCUGAGCGGUUGCGGCCGCGUUGCGGACCUCGAGCAGCAGUCGGCUUCUCCGCGUAGAACCCGGGAGUAGGAGAUUCAGAAUCGAAUCUCUUCUCCCUUCCCCCUCCUGGGCAGCAAGGCGAACCCCAUCCCUACUCACUGGAACUCAGCUUUGAUUUUUAACCUCCCUUCCCCACCCUUCCAGAACACACACAUUCCCAUUCCAAAACUGAUUUUAUAAAGACAUUUUAAACAUAAUGAUGCAACUUGGUGUGCACUACGGCAAAUUUACAGUGAGAUUUUUUUGAUCUUCAGCUACAUUUUUCAGCUUUGUGUGAGGCACCUUACCAUCAAAGACAAUGGCCAGCAAUGUUACCAACAAGACGGAUCCUCGCUCCAUGAACUCUCGUGUAUUCAUUGGGAAUCUCAAUACUCUUGUGGUCAAGAAAUCUGAUGUGGAGGCAAUCUUCUCGAAAUAUGGCAAAAUCGUGGGUUGCUCUGUUCAUAAGGGUUUUGCCUUCGUUCAGUAUGUUAAUGAGAGAAAUGCCCGGGCUGCUGUGGCAGGAGAGGAUGGCAGAAUGAUUGCUGGCCAGGUUUUAGAUAUUAAUCUGGCCGCAGAGCCAAAAGUGAACCGAGGAAAAGCAGGUGUGAAACGAUCUGCAGCGGAGAUGUACGGGUCAGUACCAGAACACCCUUCUCCGUCCCCUCUACUCAGCUCCUCUUUUGACUUGGACUAUGACUUUCAACGGGAUUAUUAUGACAGGAUGUACAGUUACCCAGCACGUGUUCCUCCUCCUCCUCCUAUUGCUCGGGCUGUAGUGCCCUCAAAACGCCAGCGUGUAUCAGGAAACACCUCGCGAAGGGGCAAAAGUGGCUUCAAUUCUAAGAGUGGACAACGGGGAUCUUCUAAGUCUGGAAAGUUGAAAGGAGAUGACCUUCAGGCCAUUAAGAAGGAGUUGACCCAGAUAAAACAAAAAGUGGAUUCUCUACUGGAAAGCCUGGAAAAAAUCGAAAAGGAACAGAGCAAACAAGGAGUAGAGAUGAAGAAUGAUAAGUCAGAAGAGGAGCAGAGCAGCAGCUCCCUGAAGAAAGAUGAGACUGUUGUGAAGAUGGAGUCUGAGGGGGGUGCAGAAGACUCUGCUGAGGAGGGGGACCUACUGGAUGAUGAUGAUAAUGAAGAUCGGGGGGAUGACCAGCUGGAGUUGAUCAAGGAUGAUGAAAAAGAGGCUGAGGAAGGAGAGGAUGACAGAGACAGCGCCAAUGGCGAGGAUGACUCUUAAGCACAUAGUGGGGUUUAGAAAUCUUGUCCCAUUAUUUCUUUACCUAGGCGCUUGUCUAAGAUCAAAAUUUUCACCAGAUCCUCUCCCCUAGUAUCUUCAGCACAUGCUCACUGUUGUCCCCAUCCUUGUCCUUCCCAUGUUCAUUAAUUCAUAUUGCCCUGCGCCUAGUCCCAUUUUCACUUCCUUUGAUGCUCCUAGUAGUUAUGUUAAGUCUUACCCUGUAAUUUUUGCUUUUAAUUUUGAUACCUCUUUAUGACUUAACAAUAAAAAGGAUGUGUGGUUUUUAUCAACUGUCUCCAAAAUAAUCUCUUGUUAUGCAGGGAGUACAGUUCUUUCCAUUCAUACAUGAGUUCAGUAGUUGCUUCCCUAACUACAAAGGCAGUCUCAUUAGUUGAGUAGCACCUGAGAGCAGCUUUGAAUUAGAGGUAUGCGUGUUAUACCCCACAUAAGAGUACUGUGUGGGGCUGUUCAACACAAAUGUAACAAUGUAUUUUUGUGAAUGAGAGUUGGCAUGUCAAAUGGAUCCUCUAGAAAAAUAAUUAGUGUAAUAGUCUUAAGAUUUGUUUUCUAAAGUUGAUACUGUGGGUUAUUUUUGUGAAUAGCCUGAUGUUUGGGACCUUUUUUUCUCAAAAUAAACAAGUCCUUAUUAAACCAGGAAUUUGGAGAAAAAA